ACGAAUUAUUUUCCUUGGUUAACAAUAGUGGUAGUUUUGCCAAUAUUCGCGGGUUCCUUAAUUUUCUUUCUUCCUCAUAGAGGAAAUAAGAUGAUUAGGUGGUACACUAUAUUUAUAUGCACCGUAGAACUCCUUCUAAUAACUUGUGCAUUCUAUUAUCAUUUCCAAUUGGACGAUCCAUUAAUGCAACUGACGGAGGAUUAUAAAUGGAUCAAUCUUUUUGAUUUUUACUGGAGAUUGGGAAUAGAUGGACUUUCUAUAGGACCUAUUUUGCUGACAGGAUUUAUCACCACUUUAGCUACUUCAGCGGCUCGGCCGGUUACUCGAGAUUCCCGAUUAUUCCAUUUCCUGAUGUUAGCAAUGUAUAGUGGUCAAAUAGGAUCAUUUUCUUCUCGAGACCUUUUACUUUUUUUCAUCAUGUGGGAGUUAGAAUUAAUUCCGGUUUAUCUACUUCUAUCCGUGUGGGGGGGAAAAAAACGUUUAUAUUCAGCUACAAAGUUUAUUUUGUACACUGCAGGAAGUUCCGUUUUUUUAUUAAUGGGAGUUCUGGGUAUCGGUUUAUAUGGUUCCAAUGAACCAACAUUCAAUUUUGAAAUAUCAGCUAAUCAAUCUUAUCCAGUAGUACUGGAAAUAAUAUUCUAUAUUGGAUUUCUUAUUGCUUUUGCUGUCAAAUCACCGAUUAUACCUUUACAUACAUGGUUACCAGACACCCAUGGAGAGGCACAUUAUAGUACUUGUAUGCUUCUAGCCGGAAUAUUAUUAAAAAUGGGAGCCUAUGGAUUGGUUCGGAUCAAUAUGGAAUUAUUGUCCCGCGCUCAUUCUAUAUUUGCUCCCUGGUUGAUGAUAGUAGGCACACUUCAAAUAAUCUAUGCAGCUUCAGCAUCUCCCGGUCAACGUAAUUUAAAAAAAAGAAUAGCCUAUUCCUCCGUAUCUCAUAUGGGUUUCAUAAUUAUAGGAAUUGGCUCUAUAAGUGAUAUGGGCCUCAAUGGAGCCAUUUUACAAAUAAUAUCUCAUGGCUUUAUUGGCGCUGCACUCUUUUUCUUGGCGGGAACGAGUUUUGAUAGAAUACGUCUUGUUUCUCUCGACGAAAUGGGCGGAAUGGCGAUCCCAGUUCCAAAAAUAUUCACGACUUUCAGUAUCUUAUCGAUGGCUUCCCUUGCAUUACCGGGGAUGAGUGGCUUUGUUGCAGAAUUAAUAGUAUUUUUUGGACUAAUUACCAGCCAAAAUCUUUUUUUAAUAACAAAAAUACUAAUUACAUUUGUAAUGGCAAUUGGAAUGAUAUUAACUCCUAUUUAUUCAUUAUCUAUGUUACGCCAAAUGUUCUAUGGAUACAAGUUUUUUAAUGCUCCAAACUCUUAUUUUUUUGAUUCUGGACCGAGAGAGUUAUUUGUUUCGAUCUCUAUCCUUUUACCUGUAAUAGGUAUUGGUAUUUAUCCGGAUUUCGUUUUCUCACUAUCCGUUGACAAGGUCGAAGAUAUUAUAUCUAAUUAUUUUUAUAGAUAA